CCCUCCACAAUGUCGAUGUGCCUAUGCCUCUGCUUCGUAAUCCUCUCUGCUUCACCUGCUCACGCAGCAUUCUCUUCCCAGCAAUACCGUGACGCUCUUCAGAAAUCCAUUCUCUUCUUUGAAGGCCAGCGUUCUGGCAAAUUACCCUCCAACCAGAACCUCACUUGGAGGGGUGAUUCCGCCUUGUCCGAUGGCUCUCCCUACCACGUGGACUUGGUGGGUGGUUAUUAUGAUGCUGGGGACAACGUUAAGUUUGGGCUUCCAAUGGCAUUUACCACUACUUUAUUGGCAUGGAGUGUGAUUGAGUUUGGAAGCUCAAUGCAGGAUCAGAUUGAAAAUGCCAGAGCUGCUAUCAGAUGGGGCACUGAUUAUCUGCUUAAAGCAGCCACUUCCACUCCUGAAACAUUAUAUGUCCAAGUGGGAGAGGCUAACACGGAUCACAAGUGUUGGCAAAGGCCUGAAGACAUGGACACUCCUAGAGACGUGUACAUGGUGAACCCUCAAAGCCCAGGAUCAGAUGUAGCAGCUGAAACUGCUGCUGCAUUAGCAGCUUCUUCUUUAGUCUUCAAACAAUCCGACCCUGCAUAUUCCUCCAAACUACUUCAAGCAGCCAUUCAAGUUUUUGAUUUUGCAGAACGUUACAGGGGAUCUUAUAGUAAGUCCCUUAAUUCCGUGGUCUGUCCAUUCUAUUGUUCUUACUCUGGAUAUCAUGACGAGCUUCUGUGGGGUGCGACAUGGAUUUACAAAGCCUCUGGAAUUAGUUCCUAUAUGAAUUAUUUACUGUCCAACAGCGACGUGUUAGAGGCAGAUGAUGGUACCUUCUCCUUUGGUUGGGAUGACAAGCGAGGAGGAACUAAAGUAUUGCUCUCCCAGGAAUUCUUGCAGAAGAACACUCAAGAACUUGAACUAUAUAAAGCACACGCUGACAGUUAUAUAUGUUCACUAAUGCCCGGAUCACCAGGUUCCCAGGCUCAGUACACCCCAGGUGGGCUUCUUUACAAAGGCAGCACGGGCAAUAUGCAAUAUGUUACAUCGACGAGCUUGCUGCUCUUGACAUACGCAAAGUAUCUGAGUUCGAGCUCCACCGGAGUGCUGUGUGGCGGCUCCACUGUGACGGCUCAGAGCCUCGUCGGACUGGCCAGAAAGCAAGUUGAUUAUAUUUUAGGGGAUAAUCCGAAGAAAAUGUCGUACAUGGUGGGUUUUGGGGAUAGGUAUCCAAAGAAAAUUCAUCAUAGGGGUUCUUCUAUACCGUCCAUUCACGAUCACCCUCAACGUGUUUCCUGCAUCGACGGAUAUCAGUACUACUACCAUUCUUCUUCUCCUAACCCCAAUCUGCUGGUCGGAGCCAUCGUCGGAGGACCCGACAGUUCCGACCGGUUCUCUGAUAAUCGCUAUAACUAUCAGCAAUCCGAGAUUGCGACUUGUAUCAACGCACCCAUGGUCGGAGUUCUCGCUUUUUUCUCAGCCAACGCCGAAGCCGCCGCCACUUGAUUACGCAUUCAUGUACGGACUUUAGGAUUCUGUAGUAAUGAAAAAACACCUACAU